AUGAAGUCUAUUCAAUUCGCCAUUCUUGCAAUUCUCGCCGCUGUCGCUGGGGUGAAUGCCGCUACUGAUAGCACCACUGGAAUCUGUCAAUUGGCAUGCUUUCCCGAGGAACCUCAGUGCGCGGAAGGGUGGUAUCCCGUCGAACUUGGUGUCUGCUGGACCUGCUGCACUGGAUCCUAG